GCCCACCCGCCCCCCGGGGCCGCCCCCGCACCCCGCUCGUCGGCGCCUGGCUCUCAUGAUGAUGAAGAAAAAGAAGUUUAAGUUUAGGGUAGACUUUGAGCUGGAGGAGCUCUCCUCGGUGCCCUUCGUCAAUGGGGUCCUCUUCUGCAAGAUGCGGCUGCUGGACGGCGGCAGCUUCAGCGCCGAGUCCUCCAGGGAGGUGGUGCAAGCAAAUUGUGUUCGCUGGAGAAAGAAGUUCUCAUUUAUGUGCAAAAUGAGUGCAAGCGCUGCCACAGGCAUCCUAGAUCCCUGUAUCUACAGAGUGUCUGUGAGGAAGGAACUAAAAGGUGGAAAAGCGUAUGCAAAGCUGGGCUUUGCAGAUCUAAACCUGGCAGAGUUUGCUGGAUCAGGAAAUACCACUCGUCGCUGUUUACUGGAAGGCUAUGAUACCAAAAAUACGAGACAGGAUAAUUCCAUUCUUAAAGUUUUGAUCAGUAUGCAGCUGAUGUCUGGUGACCCAUGUUUUAAAACGCCUCCUUCUACAUCAAUGUCUAUACCAAUUGCUGGUGAAUCUGAAUCUCUAGAAGAAGAUAGAAAAGGUGGAGAAACCCUGAAAAUCCAUCUUGGAAUAGCAGAUCUUUCAGCAAAAAGUGCCUCUGUUCCAGAUGAACUUGGUGCCUGUGGACAUUCCAGAACAUCGAGCUAUGCCAGCCAGCAGUCCAAAGUAUCAGGCUAUAGCUCGUGUCACUCUCGGUCAUCCAGCUUCUCUGAGCUCAGCCACAGGAGAAAUACCUCAGUGGGAAGUACAUCAACAGGAAUUGAAAGCAUUCUAGAGCCAUGUGAUGAAAUUGAGAAAAAUACAGCUGACCCAAAUCUUGAUGCAACCGAUAAAGAAGAUACAGCACCCGAAAAACUUAACAGACACCCAGUGAAACAAGAUUCUAUGGAAUCUCAGCUGAAGCGAGUUGAUGCCACCAGAGUGGACGCAGAUGAUAUUGUAGAAAAGAUACUACAGAGUCAAGACUUCAGCCUGGACUCCAGCACAGAAGAAGAAGGACUGAGGUUAUUUGUGGGUCCUGGGGGAAGGACGACCUUUGGCAGUCAUCAUCUUCCAAAUAGGGUGGGGUCUGGAGCAUAUGAACAAGUUGUGAUCAAACGCUAAAAGUCAAGCUGGUGAAAGGAAGCUUCCCUGUGACUGACGAUGUGGGCCUUUGAGCUCUCAAGGCACUUUAUUGAAGCACUUAGGAGAAAGUCAGCCUUUUAAGAAAUGAAGUGUGUUCAUCUAUCAAAGGAAAGCCAAUGCUGAUUUCUUCUCUGAAAGUGCCCACCACCAAAUCUUUGCCACCCACCCAAAGGGAACACCCGAAGUAUAGAAUCAAGGCAGUGUGUGCAGUGUGUGCCUUAAAUGUACUGGCUCCUGGGGGCACGACACAUGUUUAUGAAGAUACUGCUUUUUCUUGCAAAACAUCCCAGUGGGGAAAAGAGCACUUUACAUCUGAGUAUAGUUUUAGCAUUGAAGCAUACAGUCUGUCACGGAGGUGCUCGACAGGUUUGGGCUCUGGUUACAGGUUUGUUUUUGUUUUUAAUAUUUUAUGAUGGAAAGUAAGGGUAUAAAAUUUAAACCCUAAAAUUGUAUCAAAUUGUUAGAAUUACUGUUAAGGAAAUCUUCCUAUACUCCCUACAGUAUCCUACUAAAUUUAUUAACUUUUUUUGGUGCAGUAAUUGAUAUGAAUUGAUACGUAGGUGUUUAUGCUUUGGGGAAAUGUUAUACUAAAAAUUAAACAUGUAAAAUGCUUAGUAACAAGUAUCAGUCAAAGUGUAUUUAAGUCUAAGGUACGGGAAUGGAUGUCACGCCAUUAUUAUGUGAUAUGUAUUGUUACUUAUAGUUAAUAUUAGAUGAGCUGCAGAACUCCCACUAGUACCAUGGGAGAGAUUCAAAAUAAGUUUAAUAUUUAAUAUGUCAGGCAGCCAUAGGCACCCUAACGUAAGAGUUGAACAACUCACUGAAUAGUAAGGCCUGCCUAUUUCAGGAAUCAAGGUGUAGAACGCAGGAAGACAACUGUCAUCACAGCAGCCUUUCCUGUGUAAAUUCAGAGUACCUGAAACUGAAAAUCACCCUGCGGGGCCAGUGGAUAGAAGGGGGGACAGCUGCUUGACAUUACCGACAGCGGCCUGUGGUUUUCCGUUCUAGCCCCUGUGAUCAGAUGUUAUGUUUUCUUCUUUACUCUAUCAGAAGUUAGUUGUGUUGAGGCAAGAAUAGAAUAUAACGUACAACGAAUAAAGUUUUUUAAAUAACUGAUCUAGAUCCAGUUUACAGUUCAGCAGACAAACCUUAGAGUUUUUCUGUUCUUAUGUGGUGGUUUCCAUGUGAAAGAUCUCAAGUUUCUUGGACUCGCUGAGUCACUGAAUCAAAACCUAGAUUCUGUAUAACCAGUAAUAGCCAGUCCUUACUCUUAAAACCCUGUCCAAGAAACAUCAUAGGUAAAAUUAGCAUUACUUUGGUCUACAUAUUUUCAUGUUGGCAAGAUAAGGGAGAAAUUGUCAUUUUUAAGAAAAUAUUGUUUUAAUAUCCAAACUUGGAGGUUUGAAAAACUUGAGGAGUUCGUGUUAGGGUUUUUUAUUUGUUUUAUGUUUCAAGGAUUGGGUAUUCCACAUUAAUCCAAUACCAUUUUUACAAACAGAUUGUAAAAUUUUUAAAAAAGGUGACACCCUGUUUUAAAGUAUUUUGAGUGGUGGAAGGGUUUUCUCAGUCAUUAUAGCUUUCUCUUUAAAGAUUUGUUUUGAAUCGGGGGGGAACCACUGAGCUGAAUAUUUUAGUUUAACCAAGAGAAAUGUUAAAUGGUCAAGACUUGCUGUUUGUAGAGAAAGCAGUGGACUCAUCCAUUCAUUAUAUAUUAUGGACAAAUUAAGAUAAAGCUUAUAAUAGAGAUACGAAAAUAUUGCUGAGAUUUAUUGUGACUUUUUAAAAACAUUUUUCUAUUUUCCAAAUAUUAUUUCUAAAGUGUAUUUUUAUUGGCACUUCUGCAAAUGAUUUUGCAGUUUGAAAAUAAUCGAAACCAGAUUAUAAGCAAGAUUCAGUGAGGCUGUUCAUCAAACACAUAAAAUGCACUGUAAUCAGAGCAGGGCCCCAAUCUUACUCAUUCUUGGCUACUCUUAGCCCAACACCUUCAUACAAGACUGGCUGUCAGUACUUAGAAUGAUACAGAAUUAUUUUUUUAAAACAAAAUGUGGAGAGAUUUUGAAAGGCUUUAAAAAUUACUCCUUUAAAAAUCAUUUUGGCAGCCACCAGACACAUCUUGAUUCAGUAGUAGUAAGAUAAGUGUUGCUAAUAUUUUAAUAAAUAGGAACUUUGAUUAGAAAGAAAAAAGAACUAAUGGCUAUGUCCUCCAUAGUCAGUGGAAGUCUGUGGAAUCACUUAUUCUAUUUUGUAUUCCAUCAGCAUACUUUGCAGUCAGAUUUCAUUAUGGAAAUAUUUGUGAUAAAGGUUGCCUAAUCUGCCUUACUAAAUUUUGAGUUUAGAAAAUUGGAUUUGAAAAAUUCAAAUUCUAAAUAUUAAAAUUUCAAACCACCUGGACUUGGAGAAUUUCCAGAUGUAUAAUACUUUUUCUAAUUCUAUCACAGAGAAAGGCUAAUGGUAUUUCAAAAGCUAUGUGUUUGUGAGUCUUAAAUACCAGGUUUGGGGAAAUGCAAAGGCCCGUUAGGAGAGUCACUUCCUGUGGGUUGAGCUGGUGACUGAGACCAGAGAGGACGUGAGGGAACAGCAAAGGCAGAGAAAGCGCUGGGCCAUCAGUUUGUGCUAUGACAGUGACUGCCCUUUGUGUUUCUGAAGGCCUCUGUAUGCAGACAACUAAUGUAGGUCAUUCUUUAUGAUCUGAAAAUCUCUUAAUGAAGAAUCAAAGUCAGCCAUCCCAUUUGACCAAAAUACUAUCAGAAAUCUUACCCAAACUAGGCUCUGCUGUUAUUAUUUUUGCACAAAAACUGAUCCAUAGAGGCCCUUCAUUUAGCGCAUUUGUUGCUAGAAGGAAAAAAAAAAAUAGUCUCCAACUAGCCUUCAGUCAAAGCCUAUUCAACUUCAGGUGGCAAUGAGUCUUUAUUAAAAUAUCCAGAAGUAAUUUUAGACCUUCAGAUUCCCAUGCCUACUGGACCACUUUGCAAGGUCACACUGACAGUAUCAUUAAAUACUUCACUGAAGUACUAAGUAUUAGGCAUCCAGUGUGUAUUCUUAGUCAUCUAGUGCUGCUAAAACAGAAAUACCACCAGUGGAUGGCUUUAACAAAGAGAAAUUUUCUCACAGUCCAGUAGGUUACAAGUCCAAAUUCACAGUGUCAGCUCCAGGGGAAGGCUUUCUCUGUCAGCCCUGGAAGAAGGUCCUUAUUCUCAAUCUUCUGCUGGUCAAGGAGCUUCUUAGGCACAGGGACCCCGUGUCCAAAGGACUGGUGUUGUUUUCUUGGUGGUAUGAGGUCCCCAACUCUCUGCUUACUUCCCUUUCAUCUCUUAAGAGAUAAAAGGUGGUGCAGGCCACACCCCAGGGAAACUCCCUUUAUACUGGAUCAGGGAGGUGACCUGAGUAAGGGUGGUGUUACAAUCCUGCCCUAAUUCUCUUUAACAUAAAAUUAUAAUCACAAAAUGGAGGAAAACCACAUGAUGCUGGGAAUCAUGGCCUAACCAAGUUAACACAUUUUUGGGGGGAUACAAUUCAAUCCAUGACAGAAUAUAUGCAGUGCUCUGAGAGACAGCCUGGGCUCUUAUGACGGGGACUCCUUUUCUUUACUUAACUUGGGGAAUUCGGAAAUUGUUUGGUCAUAGACCAAAGUCUUAGAGGUACGUCAUGUGAAUAUAAUCAAGUACUGUAUCUGAAAUUGUGUUUUGCCACUGCUCAUAUGUUGGCUUAGGUACUAUGCAUAACUUUAAUAACUGAGACAUUAUAGAAUAUGAAGUGUAAAAUAUGAAUAAAGAAUGAAAUAUGCCUAUAUAAAGCUUUUUUUAAAGACUGCUCUGGAAGUAAAGGCCUUAUAUCCUUAUAUAUGUGACUUUUGAUCAUAAUAUAUACACAGUAUAUUUUAAAGGGCCGUGUGGGUGGUCUCUGUAGCUACUUCCCAUGUAUUCUGCAUUUACAAAUGUUUGUUUAUUGUAUGAUAUAACAGAAAAUUAUCUGGCUGAUACUUACCGACCAAAUCCCACCCAGGGAAAGACAUUUACAGUAUAUUCAGUGUGAUGGUUUUUUGGAAAUACAUCUUAUUUGGGGGAUCGUCUUCCUUUUCUGCAUUUAUUUGACCCUCUGGAAUUUGACACAGUGUGGGUGAAUCAUGCAAAUGUUUAUGAAAAAUUGUUAUUGAAGUGAUUCCAUUAGUAUUUUGUUCUAAUAGUUGGAGAAUGACCUUCAUAUUUAUAUAUUUCUUUGUUUCAACUGUAAAGUGACAAAUCCAGGAAUUUUUUUUUUUUUUUACAAAAACUAAUUUUUUAAUGUAAAGUGUUUGUAAUAAUGUAAAGGUGAAAUCUUAUACAUGUUCAAUAAAAAUCAUAUCUUAAAGUUUAGAUGUUUAUAUUUAAAAAUAUUGGUUAAGAUUCUCUGUCAGAAGAUUAUGCCAAGGUGAGAAAACAGAAGUGAAAGGAUCAGGAUAAUCCUUUUCCCUGAGUUUUGUUUUAUUUACUAAAAAAAAAAAAAAAAAAAAAAUUUUUUUUUUUUUUAUGUAU